UCACUGCUGGGCACUGACUGGCGGCACUGCUAGGCAUUGGCUGCCGCAACUGCUGGGCACUGACUGGCACAACCGCUGGGCACUGACUGGGGGCAGCACUGCUGGGUUGCAUUGAUGGGCACUGGUGGGCACAGGUGGGUGGCACUGGUGGGUGGGCACAGGUGGGUGGCACUUCUGGGCACAGGUAGGUGGCACUUCUGGGCACAGGUAGGUGGCACUGCUGGGUGGCACUGCUGGGCACAGGUGGGUGCACUGCUGGGCACAGGUGGGCGUAACUGGUGGGUGGUGCUGCUGGGCACCGAUCAUCAGGCCACUAAUCAUCAGUGCCCUGAUGAUCGGUGCCUUUCCCUGCUCUAACAACUGCCGGUUCUCGGCAGUACUUUCCUCACGCUCUGACAGCGUGAGGAAAGUGCAGCCGAGAACCGGCAAUUGCAU